CCAUGAGAGCUGCAGGCAACUGAAUUCAACGACCUUCAUAGUUCGGUGAUCAAGAAAGAAAGCCUAUAAAGACCAAAUAACCGACAAAACUGCCUAAGAACUAAGCUGGAGUGCUUGGCUUGUCUCACUAUCAAGUCUGUUCAACACACAUCUCGUGAAUCAAAAUGUUGUCAAUCCUGCGAAAAGCCCGACUCAAGGACAAGGAGAUGCGAAUCCUGAUGCUCGGAUUGGAUAAUGCUGGAAAGACCACAAUCGUUAAAAGGGUUAUGGGAGAAGAUGUCAAUACCGUAAGCCCAACAUUAGGUUUCAUCAUCAAGACGAUUGACUACGAGGGCUACAAAUUAAACAUCUGGGACGUGGGUGGACAGAAAACGUUGCGGUCAUACUGGAGAAACUAUUUCGAAAAGACAGAUGCUUUGAUCUGGGUUGUCGACGCAACGGAUCGUUUACGCAUUCAAGACUGCAGAGACGAGCUUCAAGGUUUACUCUUAGAAGAGCGUCUUGCAGGGGCAAGUCUGCUUGUUUUUGCCAACAAAACAGAUGUUGAGGGAUGUAUGACAGAAGAGGAGAUUCUCUCGGAGUUACAACUGGAAUCGAUACGAACACAUCGAUGGCACAUCCUGCCAUGCAGCGCCAUGACUGGAGCCAACCUUAAAGAAGGACUAUCGUGGGUGGUAGAGGAUGCAAAGAAGCGACUAUUCCUCUACUAAGCGAGAACUGGCUCAACUCAAUGGUUCCUGUUGGCCUCACAACAGGAUGUCCUUUUGCAAAAGCAACAAACAAACCACAAAGUGUGGAUAGCCGCGAGACUUCGAAGCAACCAGCCACAAAGC